UUGGAGUCGCCUUUGCUUCAUCACCCACCCCACCCACCAAUAGCAAACGGCCCUUGCCAAGGAUCAAAUCUAUUUUGUCUAGGCGCUUGAGCUUUAUUACCGUUUUAGGUCGGGUCUCGGUUGCAACGUCCGUCCAGUGCACCAACGCCUGCGCUGUAGCGUGGUCGUCACUCGGUGUUGACAUUUUGUCAGGGACAACGCGAAUGCAUAUGUGAAUGAGUACGCAGGGCUUCUUGCUACUGUUUGAACUGGGUUCACCAUGUCCAUGUCAGGCAGAGACGCGGACCAGAGCGUGCCAGAGUCGCCAAUGGAGGAUGUGCGCAGUGCAGCAGAGGAUAACAGUGGUGAUGCUUCGGCCCUGAGGAAGCGCAAGGCAGCCAAGGCAAGCAGCCGAGGCGUGGCUAACUUGACGCCGGAGCAGCUUGCAAAGAAGCGAGCCAAUGAUCGUGAAGCGCAAAGAAACAUUAGAGAGCGGACAAAACGCCAGAUUGAAACACUUGAGCGCAGAAUCGAGGAACUAACGAACCAAAAGCCCUACCAGGAUCUACAGGCCGUCGUUCGUGAAAAGGAGGCCGUUGAGCGAGAGAAUGUCGAAAUCAAAAAGAAGCUUGCGAGCGUCAUUGAAACGCUGCGAUGCGUCAUCGGCAACGAUGCAUUUAUAGAUAAUUCGCACCAUUUGUCCCGUCAUACAGCCAUGCUGGGUGCUAGUGCCUCAUCAUCUACCCUCCCAGGGCUACCACAAACACAAACACAAACACACCCCGUGUCUCAGCCUUGGUCCAGCCAAAGAAGCACCCCGGGAUACACACCGUCACCAACCACCGCCAGCAGAUUGCACAGCGAUGCAGACCAGCAACCAGGGGAUCAUAAACUAUCGCUCGACAUGGGCCAGGAGAGACUUGAUCUCGACUUCUUGCUCAACGCGCGCAAGGCGCCCAAGCCGGCAAACGAGCACUAUGUGCAGCAAUCUCACAGAAGCAGUGCGCAGCACGCGCAUGCCAUGCAGUCCUAUCAGUCACUGCCAUCGGGAUAUCCCUACGGAGACCCCAACAUCUCAACACUCCCAGCGUCUGACGAUCCCGGCGAACUCAUCGAGCUGAGUGAUACCAACAUGGGAACAAUAGCUCGCUACGCUGCUCCCGUGCGUACAAGCGCUCCAACCUGUCCACUGGACUCUUUGCUACUCGACUUCCUCCAUGAGCGCAAACAGCGUGCGGCGGAAGGCCAUUCUGAACAAGACGUCAUCGGCCCGCGAUACCCGUCUGUCUCAUCGCUCCUCAACCCCAUGCAGAGUGUACACUCGCAUCCUCUGUCGCGCGUUUUUACUGACAUUCUGGCCAAAUUUCCCGAUAUCUCGGGUCUUCCUGAGCGCGUAGCCGUGUUAUACAUCAUGUUUCUUGUCAUGCGAUGGCAGGUUUCGCCAACACGAGAAAACUACGAGCGUCUGCCGCCGUGGAUGCACCCUCUUCGUUGCCAAAUCCUCACGCCGCAUCCUGCAUGGAUCGAUCAUUUGCCGUUCCCCGGUAUGCGAGACAAGCUUGUUCGGCUGUAUAAUCCGACCGACUACCACUUUGAAAACUUCUUCAUCCCGUACACCACGACCCUCGAAUUAUCGUGGCCGUACGAUGACACUGAUACGUUGCUGAGGAGCCCAGACUCUGGUGAGCUGGUAAUUAAUCCCGUUUUUGAGCGCCACUUGAGAAAUUUGAAUAACUGGAAACUUGGUGAUGCGUUUGCUCGAGCGUUUCCGGUGCUGGCGGAGGAUGCGAAUAUACCGAGAUCGCCAGCAGCUUAUACACAAUCAUCGCAUUCGCCAGCUACCAACAGGUAGCAGAUGGAAUGAAUCUGUAGGCUAUUUUGGGGGCAAAUUCGAUGUAAUUGGUUAUGUGUAUGUAUUUGUACAGACACUUUCUUUUGGCGUUAGGGGACGGGCGAGCGGAUGGAUUUAAUCUCGGAAUGUAAGAGGUUCAAAAGUGAAAAGUACUGUAUUAUAAAUAUAACCAUAUGAAAUGAGAACGAAAGGGACUACGCUUGCUAGUGCUAAUAUGAACGCAACAAUAUACAAUAAUACAUCAAAAUCGAGCCAAUAUUAGCUGGUAUGCUUCUACCAUUAAGCCUCGUCUUCCAACGAGUCAACGCCAAACGAAAACUUCUUAAGAGACGGUCCUUCGCCAAUAAACAGACUCGGCAUCUUCUGCCGCGGCAUCGUCUGGAACAUGAGCGCCUUAAUCGGUGUCUGCGAGCGAAUCCCGCCCAGCGCGUCGCCCUUUUGAUUCAGCAGCCGCCCCGACGCCAACGAAAACAGCUUCACAGUACCAUCGUCAUGCGCAGCAGCCACGACGCCCAGAUCUGUAGAUACAUCCCAUCCUGUAUGAAAGUGCGCUUCGUUGCGGUACCCAUGGAACUGUAGCAACGGCGAAGAACCGUUUGGCCAGCACUCUUCGCGGAAGAAGCGCAUAUCAUACAGCGCCAUGGAGUGUCGCAGGCCCGCUACUACAACCUGGUGCUCGUUUACACUGCGAAGAUGCGCGACGGAGCUAGCAUGUGCAAUGGACGACCACUGCGGCUCAGGGACACGCAGAUCUGUAAUCCAGACACGCGGCUGCCGUCCACCUGCCAGCACAACGUUGUGGUUGCCCGUGAGAAAGUCCUGGUCAAAGAUCUCCUUGGGCUGGCGGCCAGCCUUGUGGAAGUGUCCUUGGCCAACAGCAGCAGAACGGUUGUUUGCAUGGGACGAGAUGUGUGCCAUUGUUUCGUUGGAGGUCACGCGGAGUAGGCCUGUAUUGGUGCCAACUACACAGAGAAGGUCGGAUGAUGGGGGUGCAGGCGUACUCUUGUUAACGAGCCAUUCGUCUCGAGGGCCCACGCGGAUAGGUAUUCGCUGGUAGUAUUCAG